UUCUCUCUUCUCUCUCUCCCCAACCUUCAUAAAUUAAAAAAAAAAAAAAUGGAGAACGAGCUCCUUCAGAGAGUUCUAGAAGAAGGAGGCAGGGAUUACUACAUCCCCUCAUCAACCCAAAUCAAUACCAGCAGGCUCAACUCCUCCCCCAACUCCCCUCCAUCUCCAACCCCAUCAGCCUCCUCGAUUCUCCAAUCGCUCCCUCUCCACGUGUCUUUUGAUCAUGGGUACUAUUUGUUGGUGAAAGCUAUUCAAGAGCUCAGGGAGAAGAAGGAGGGGCAUGUGGUUACUGUUGGGAUUGGUGGCCCUAGUGGGUCUGGAAAAACUAGCUUGGCAGAGAAGGUGGCUUCGGUUCUCGGGUGUGUGGUGAUUUCGAUGGAGAAUUACCGGAGGGGAACAGAUGAUGGGAAUGAUUUGGAUUCCAUAGAUUUCGAUGCUCUUGUUGGCAAUUUGCAGGAUUUGGUGAAGGGUAAGGACACCCUGGUGCCAUUAUUUGAUUUUCAAGAAAAACGACACGUUGGUCUGAAGCCAGUAAAGGUUCCUUUAUCUGGAGUGGUAAUUGUGGAUGGUGCUUAUGCUUUGCACGCUAUACUACGAUCUCUACUUGAUAUUAGAGUUGCUGUGGUUGGCGGUGUUCAUUUCAGCCUUCUUUCUAAGGUUCAACAUGACAUUGGAGACACAUGUUCAUUGGACUAUCUCAUUGACAGCAUAUUCCCAUUGUUUAGGAAGCACAUUGAGCCAGAUCUUCAUCAUGCUCAGAUAAGAAUCAACAAUAGUUUUGUUUCUUCUUUCAGAGAGCCUUACUAUAAACUGAAGUGUAAAAGUGAGUCUGUGGAUGGGCAUGAAGUUUACCCUUUUGAUCAAAGUGGAGCAGAAACAGAAAACUUCAUCGAGAUGUACCUCCGCCCACCACGUGCAAGUGAAGAAGCAAGGAUAAAUGACUGGAUAAAGGUUCGGCAAUGCGGUAUCAGAUACUACUUGUCAUUAGGUGAUCAGAGAAUUGUUGACAAGAAUUUCAUCAUUCGUCCGAAAGCUGAAUUUGAGGUUGGGCGGACUACUCUAGGUGGAUUGCUUGCUUUAGGAUACAAUGUUGUUGUUAGUUAUAAACGUUCAUGUACGUCAUUCCACAACGGGCAAAUCUUGCUGGCGCUUGAAAGCAUUGACACUCUUAAUGAGACAUUUCUUGUAUUGAAGGGUACAAGCAGGAAGGUGAUUGGAGCGGAAGCAUGCAGGCUAGGUGUUAAGGGUCCAUGGAACACUAAAUCAUACUUGGAGAUGAUUCUAGAAGCUAAAGGCGUACCACGUGUUAAUACUCCUCCACCUUUGUCUGGUACGCUUGCGAUUGGAAGCCAGGAAAGGACCAUUGCUGCCCCCCGUCCAAUUCGCUUACCUACAAGUAUGCCUCACAAGCUUGGGGAUCUUACCCAGCCAUGGACUCGAUCUCCGACAAAGUCUCACAUGGAUCCUGUACUUCCAAAAUGGAGAUUUGUCUCAGAUUCUUCUGCUUUCAGGGGUAACAUCCAGCUUGUUCCCAUGGCAGAUUCAUAUGAUGUGGAUAGGGGCUUGUUUUUCUCCGUUCAAGCUAUACAGGCUUUGUUGGAGAACAAGGGGUUUCCAGUUGUUGUUGGCAUAGGUGAUGGAUGCACCUCCUUAUUCAUUGAAUUAGAUCAAAACAAUCGUGCAGGUGGUCCAAGUGGAUCUGGGAAAACAAGUUUGGCUCGUAAAGUGGCAAAUAUAGUUGGCUGUGAAGUAAUUUCCUUGGAGAGUUAUUACAAGCCUGAUCAAGUGAAGGAUUUCAAAUAUGAUGAAUUUAAUUCCUUGGAUUUAGCAUUAUUGACUAAGAAUAUUGAUGAUCUGAGGAGCAGCCAUAAAACAAAAGUGCCUUGCUUUGAUUUUGAGAAUUGUAGUCGGAAUGGAUUCAAGGAACUUCAAGUUUCAGAGGAUUGUGGAGUGGUUAUUUUCGAAGGGGUAUAUGCAUUACAUCCUGAAAUACGGAAAUCAUUAGACUUGUGGAUUGCUGUUGUGGGUGGUGUCCAUUCACAUCUUAUUGCUAGAGUUCAGAGGGACAAGAGUCGUGUUGGUUGUUCCAUAACUCAGGACGAGAUUAUGACAACAGUGUUCCCAAUGUUUCAGCACCACAUCGAACCACACCUUGUCCAUGCACAUCUGAAGAUUCGAAAUGACUUUGAUCCUGUGCUUUCUCCUGAAAGUUCACUAUUUGUACUGAAAAGCAGCAAGCAGGUGACAUACCAAGACUUGUUGAAAGCACUUGACUCGGGCAAAGUUUGCAGUUCUGUUCAAAAUUUCAUUGAUGUAUAUCUAAAGCUUCCCGGGACACCUUCAAAUGGACAACUUACAGAAAGUGACUGCAUUCGAGUUAGAAUAUGUGAAGGGAGAUUUGCAUUGUUAAUACGAGAGCCUAUAAUUGAAGGGAACUUCAUCAUACAGCCGAAAGUAGAUUUUGAUAUCAGCGCCAGCACAGUUGCAGGUCUUCUUAGUCUCGGGUAUCAGGCUGUAGCAUAUAUUGAAGCAUCUGCAUUAAUUUACCAAGAUGGAAAGAUUCUUAUUGAAGUUGAUCACCUACAAGCCAAUCCCAGCCCCUACCUUCAAAUUAAAGGGACAAACAAAGAGGUUGUUUCAGCUGCUGCUUCGACGCUAAGUCUGGAUGGUUCAUACACUACGAAGACAUUUCUUCAAAUAAUUCUUGAGAAUUUGCCGGCAUUUGAAAGAAGUUCUACUGGAAUCCAUAAUCAACAAGCUGCAAGACUGCAGGAAAUUGUGGAGUUUAUUCAAUCCCAAGGAGGAAGCUCUGACGUCGAGUCUUCAACAGAUAGUAAAAAUUUACCAGCAGAUUUUGUGAUCGAAGAUCUACAAGCCAGGAUCAAGAAGCUUGAGAGAUGGAAUGCAGUCAAUAUGGUUUUGUGGACUUUUCUCUUAUCAGCACUUGUUGGUUAUUCUCUGUACAAAAGGAAACCACACUGAUGCUUUUUCGUCCUCCUCCGAUAAAAGUUUUACAUACCAUACCAUGUUUAUUGAAGAUAAUGAAAUUUUGAAGAGGAUUUUACUGCUUUGCUUGGCAAAAAUUCAACUCGGAAAAGGUCUCAUCCUUUUUUUUUGUGAAUCUCUUAUUUCACUCAAUAGAAUGUGCCAAGAUCGGUAAAAGCUCAGAUAAGUUGUUUUGCCAAGAUCGGUAAAAGCUCAGAUAAGUUGAGAAGCAUACAUUCAUCAGAGAGGAGAAGGGUUUUGUGUACAUAUGCUUAACGCGCCAUUGAAAGAAUAUAUUGUGUACAUAUGCUUAAUGUACAGAAGGUAUCAAGGAGUAACAUGUUUUUAUCAUUAUCAUUAUUUUUAUAGAAGUUAUGCAUAUGAACUGGACUAUUAACAGUAUGCAAGAAGUCGACACUCAAUUCAAAUCUGAAAUUAUGAUU